CAAAGAAAAAAAACAAAUGUGUGUAUAUGGUGGUAGGUGAAGGAUCGUGAGAGGCAGGAGAGCACUCCACGCUCUUCUUCUCUUCUCCUAUAACACUCAACUUGUCUUCCUCCUUUAACAAAACUUAAACAUCAUUCUCACACUCUCAAUUCAACAAUGAGAACUCUUCUACCUUCUUCUCCUCACAAUCCAAUGCUCCGAUAUUCCCAAACUCCGGCGACGGUAACGGCCUCACGGAGACGCUUCAUUCAUUGCGGCAAGAGAUCCGACUCUUCCGCCGUUGGCUCAAGCAGAUCAGAUUGGCAAAGCUCUUGGGCCAUUCUCUCUAGCAAAGUCGUUUCUCAGGAACAAUCCGAUUCUCUACUCUCCUCCGUUAACGGUCACAGCAACGGCUCCGCCGAGACCUCGUCUCUGAAUCUCGUACCGUUCGAUAACAACUCGUUGGCUCCGAAUCAGCAGUCGAAGAAGACGACGCCUCUCAGCAUUACGGAUCUAUCUCCCGCUCCGAUGCAUGGAUCUAAUCUCCGAGUCGCGUACCAAGGCGUCCCCGGCGCGUACUCCGAAGCCGCCGCCGGUAAAGCUUACCCUAACUGUCAAGCGAUUCCGUGCGAUCAAUUCGAAGUCGCGUUUCAAGCGGUUGAGCUUUGGAUCGCGGAUCGCGCGGUUUUGCCUGUUGAGAACUCUCUCGGAGGUUCGAUUCAUCGUAACUACGAUCUUCUCCUCCGUCACCGUCUCCACAUCGUCGGAGAGGUUCAGCUUCCUGUUCACCACUGUCUCUUGGCUCUCCCCGGCGUGCGGAAAGAGUUCCUCACGCGCGUUAUCUCUCACCCUCAGGGACUCGCUCAGUGCGAGCACACGCUCACCAAACUCGGCCUCAACGUCGCGCGUGAGGCCGUCGACGAUACCGCCGGAGCCGCGGAGUUCAUCGCCGCGAACAACGUCCGCGACACCGCGGCGAUAGCGAGCGCACGCGCCGCGGAGAUCUACGGGCUGGAGAUACUCGCGGACGGGAUCCAGGACGACGCGAGUAACGUCACGCGGUUUGUGAUGCUGGCGCGUGAGCCGAUCAUACCGAGGACGGAUAGGCCGUUCAAGACGAGUAUUGUGUUCGCGCACGAGAAAGGCACGUGCGUUCUGUUCAAGGUGCUCUCGGCUUUCGCGUUUAGGAACAUUAGCUUGACGAAGAUCGAGUCGAGGCCUAACCACAAUGUCCCGAUCAGGCUCGUCGACGAGGCUAACGUCGGGACGGCUAAGCAUUUCGAGUAUAUGUUUUACGUUGACUUCGAGGCUUCGAUGGCGGAGGCGCGUGCGCAAAACGCGCUUUCUGAGGUUCAGGAGUUCACGUCGUUCUUACGUGUCUUGGGGAGUUACCCGAUGGAUAUGACUUCUUGGUCACCAUCGCCGCCUUCUUCGUCGUCAUCUACAUUAUCAUUGUAACACUAUACCACGUAAAAUCAUUGGGAGUAAAGUUUAAAGAAAAUUUCAAUAA